AUGAGCAAGGGUAUAAUAUGCAACUUUGGUACCCUAUUGUUGAUAGCUGACAUCAAGAAUAUGGAGCCAAUAUGUGAAGCAUGCAGUUGCAGAAAAAUGCAAACCACAUUGUACCUGGGGAAGAUUGAUCAGAGAGGAGACUUAAUAGUGUGGUCAUUAGAAAAUCUAGAGUUUAAGUUUGCUGGUGGUAGUGGAGAAGCAAGGAGAACAUGCACAUCAGAGAAUGGCACAAAAAGUGGGUUGAAGCUACCAAAGAUGUUAAAGGACAUGCUUAUGCAGCUGGCAAAUGAGGUUAAUUGGGCUGUGCUUGUGUUGCAGACAUUGACAACUAUUGGAUUUAUCCAUACAGGUGAAUGA